AUGAAUAUGCGCAUUGCAAUGGACAUGGCUGCUCGGAAAGGCCUGUGGCUCGAGCGUCUCACUUGGCCUGCGGUGGAAAGUCGGGUGUUCCAGGAGUUCUUACUGAGUAUUACUUUAUUAACAGAACGCAGCAUCGAACUCUAUGUCAAGGUUAGAAAGAACAGUUCAUCUCGGCAAAGCAGUGAAAUCACAUUCAAAUAUUAUUGUUCCAGUUCCUUUCAAGUGAUGGUGGGUUUGAAUUCUCUUACUACUGACUGGCCGAAUCCAGGCAAAGUGCGCCCCGUUCACCUUUCGCUUUUCAGCACAGCUGGAACGAGACGCCAUCGGCUGUUGGCCAUGUUGAUGGACGAGAUUCCAGCAACGUGUUGUGGCCCCAUCAAUGAUCCUAAACAAACCCCGCUUACGCCCCCAAACUUACUACUUCUCUGGAUCGGAAACAAUCGGGAGAUCAAAGUACAUAGUGGCAAUGACCCGCACGGUUGUUAG